AUGGCACCCAAUUUGGUCACUCCUUUGGAGGAUGAAUCCAUCAAGAAAGAAGACGUUGAAUUUGGCCACCUCGAGGAACAAGAGCUAUCAAAUCAUAAAGUCGGCACUGAAUCGCCCGUGUAUGGUAUUGAUAAGGCGCACCAGAAGAGGGUCAUGCGACGCGUUGAUCUCCGUCUCCUUCCAAUACUGGGAAUUAUGUAUUCCAUAUCCCUCAUUGACCGGACCAACCUUGGUCUUGCUUUUGUGGCAGGAAUGGAGGAGGACCUUGGACUUGACAUUGGAAGUAGGUACACGAUCAUCGUGAUGGUAUUCUUUGUGGCAUAUAUUAUUUUCGAGAUACCCAGCAAUCUCAUCCUCCCCAAAGCCGGUGCAGCAAACUGGUUGGCGUUUCUCGGAUUAAGCUUUGGGGUGAUCUUGAUUGGAAUGGGAUUCACGAACAAUUGGAGCACAAUGGCAGUUUGCCGAACCCUUUUAGGUGUAAUGGAAGCUGGUUUUCUUCCAGGUUGCACCUAUCUGAUUACAUGUUGGUACACGAGGUUUGAAGUGGGCAAGAGACUCGCUGCAUUUUGGCUAGUCUCUGUUGUACUGAACGCAUUCGCUGCGAUAUUUGCAUAUGCCUUGACGCUGCUCGACGGGACGUAUGGUCUGGCCGGAUGGCGUUGGAUUUUUAUUAUCGAAGGUGCCAUAACCAGCGGUGUUUGUUUGAUUGGGUGGUUCAUUAUCAUCGACUUUCCAACUCAGGCAGGUAAGUUCCUCAAACCAGAAGAACAAGCAUUCAUCAUCGCCCGCAUCAACAACGACAGCGGAGACGCCGCAGAAGACCCAAUAACGAUGGAACGUGUUCUCCAUCAUCUGAAGGAUUGGAAGUUGUAUGUCUGGGCAUUCAAUCUCAUGGCCUCCACCCUACCUGGAUAUGCAUACAGCUACUUCAAGACAGUCAUCCUCAAGGGUAUGGGCUUUUCCACCACAGAGAGUCAGCUUCUCAGUGCCCCACCUUAUGUCCUUGCUGCAUUUGCCGUAUACUUUAGUGGCUGGCUUACCGAUAAAUACCAAAUUCGUGGACCGGUGAUUGCUGCCCACCAGCUCUUGACAGCAGUGGGUAUGCUGAUCACAGCCUAUGGCGGUUCGAUGGGAGCGAGAUAUUUCGGGAUCUUUUUGGGCGUGGGGUUCCUGCAGUUUUGUAUUCCCGGCGUGCUAGCAUUCCAAGCGAACAACAUUACGUCCCGCUCAAAGCGCGGAGUCGCAUCAGCAACCUGCCUAAUUGGCGGUGGCCUUGGGGGAAUCAUUGCAAGUAUCACUUUCAAGUCCGAUGAAAGUCCGCAUUAUACUACAGGCAUUUGGGUGACGUUUGGUGUUACGAUGGCCAGCAUAGCCCUUAUCAUGAUGAUGGACUAUCACUUUUGGAAAAUGAACAAGAAGGCCAAAGAGACGAAUAGUUACAUCGAAAAUAUGGCUGGAUGGUACUAUACUCUCUGA